AAUACAGUAAAAAUAGUGCAAAUCCGAGAUACCGUUCUGUGAAAGAACAAAUUACUACUGCAAAUAUUAUAGUUUUUUUCUGUUUGUUUACUAGUUAUUAUGUUUCCUGUAACAAAAUUGGAGAAAUAUGUUACAUAAAAGUGAAUUGUAAAAACUACACUUCAACCUGUACAUGCACACUCUGACACAGUGCUGAGCCUCUGGCUGUGGCCGGUGGGCGGGGCUUCGGUGAUCCCGGCAGAAGGGUGGACCUGCUGCCCGUGGGUUCAAUUUAAAGCAUCCCAGUUCGGCCAAGAUGCUCCGCACAAGUCAGCGGCCUCUCAGCGUCCUGCUGCUCCUCCUCCGCCUUCGUCCUCCGACAGGUCUGUGCAGCUGCGGUCGGCAUGUCGAACUCGGACAGGGUCGUGUUGGUGCUGGGAGGAGCGGGGACGGUGGGCUCUGGGAUCGUUAAGGCGCUGCUGGACAAAGGUUUUAAAGUGGCCGUGAUCUCCAGAGACAACAGCCGGCUGGAGAGACUCCGAUCCUUCGUCUCUCCAAACACAAAGGACAACCUCGUUACCAUAGUGGGGAAUGUGGGUAAGUCAGGCUACAUCUAUUCAUCUGUCCUGUGAGAAAAAUCAUCUGAC